AUGAUCUCAUGUGAUAAGGAGGAACGUCAAUUUCUAGUGAAUAAAGACCACUUUGAAAUUUUAGAGUGGAAAAAAUGGGCAGAUAUAAAGCAAGGCCAGAUUCCAUUUCACCCAAUAAUCAUUUGUAAAAGUCUCUACAUUGCAAAAGAUAACAAUGGUAUUCGUUCUAUGACCAGAGACAGUUUAAAAAAAAGUUCUGAAGUUCUCACCCUAAACAUGGACAUAAAAGGUCAGGAUUUUCAAAGUGAUAAUUGUGUAGACAAAAAAAAGUUAAAGCCAGACAAGAUGGAAGUGAUGAAACGGGUCACAGCUGAGAACAAGAACUGCAAGCCUGCCAAACAAUUGGUGAAGUUUGAUCAAGGCAUCGACAAAACAAAAUCUUCCCUAAACAGCAGCACGCAUGCGGCUGGAGGAGCGGUGAAGGCAUCAGCCUUUGGUUUUUUAAAAAAAAUUGUAAAAUUUACUGGAAAUUUUUUUGGUAAAUAUGACUAUAGUCGCUUGAAUUCUGAAACGACAUCUAACGCUGAUAAGGACCUGCACUCCGUGACUACAGAGGUAGAGAUUCCUCCGAACCAUUCCUGCACUAUUGAGAUUAAAAGCAGAACCUCUACAGUUCAGUCCCUGUGCUCUGGUCAGCUCUACCGACAGUACAAGAACGGUGAAGAACGCACGACCUUCAUUACUGGCAUCUAUUAUCAAGAGGAAAGAGCAGAACUCAUAACAUCUAUGAUUCCCUGCACACCCGUGACAGAUGGGGCGAAAUGUUGUAAUGCAUGA